AUGUUCGAUAUUCUUCCGCCCGUUUUCCACUCCAUGACGACUGGCAAAAUCACGAGCGAUGACACUUCGGCGCUCUUGAACGAACGUGGAAAGUAUCAGUACCAGACAAUCAAGAAGAUGUCGGCAGCGCUGGAAUUCGACUAUGACUAUGCACUGUGGCUGGACUCUGAAGCUAUCGCCGUGCAGCCCUUCAGCAUGCGUCAAAUCUUCGAUGCUUAUGUCAAGGAUCCCACGAUUUGGAGGUCGAGAAUGACGAGCGGCGACUUUAUGCAAGGGCUCAUUGGUGCCGCUGCCAAUGUCCUAGAUCGAUCCAUGGACUCGUUCGGUCCCACCUACUGGAACUUGGAGAGCGUGGAAUGGAUUUUCGAAAAGGACAUGAUCAAAGAUUUGGUCCAAUACGUGGCAGAAGUUCACAAGCAGGACUUUUGGACGGCAUGGGUCACGCAUGGCGGACCAUUUGAGGUGAACCUCCUCAACAUGCACAUCCAAGCACGAAAGCUGGAGACUACCGACCCCUUAUUCGCCAAGUACCGAAUCAUCGAGACGGAACGAGAGAUGCAGAAGUAUGGCAUCAUUGAACCAGCAAAAGCCGUUAUAAACGCCUUGAAAAGAACUGGCCUUCUAGAAAGGGGGUACAAGUUGUUUGCGGUCCCGGAAAUAAUUCCGAACUUUUCGUCCAUGCUACGCGAAAACGGACAGAGUCUUUUUAAACUCGACGAUCUUGAAGUUGGCCCACCAGAAGCCAUUGAUCGAUUCCUGUUGGAGACUCCGAUAAACAUCAUAUGCACGGGAGCUCCGCCGUUACACAGCUGGUGGGAAGAGCGGAAGAAGAGCAUUUAG